AUGAUGUCCGUGUUUUCAACGGCAAUAAUUCCAUUGGCUGCUCAACUCGGACUGCCAUUCCUUCUGGUUUUCAGGUUUAUACAGGGACUGGGCUAUGCAGCUGAUUUCGCGGCAAUAGGAAUUCUCUGCGUACGGUGGGCUCCGCUAUCACAAACAAGCCUAUUCAUCAGCAUUCUUACCUGCUUCACACCAGUCUCAACGGUCAUCACAAAUCCACUGUCUGGUUGGGCAAGUUUCAAAUUCCAAUCUGAUUCUGAAUUUUUUUUAGGAUUUCAAUUAUUUGAAGAUGAGUUUUUUUGCCUGAUAUCUUCAAACUUUCGAGAAUCAAAGCUUUGA